AUGCUGACCCCGAUGGUGGCCGGGGGGGUGGUGUUCCCCGGACUCUUCCUCCUCUCCAAGAAUACGCUCCAGCGGCUGCCCCAGCUGCGCUGGGAGGAGGCUGACGCGGUCAUUGUCUCAGCCAGGCUGGUGUCCUCUGUCCAGGCCAUCAUGGCCUCCACUGCCGGCUACAUCGUCUCCACCUCCUGCAAGCACAUCAUCGAUGACCAACACUGGCUAUCCUCUGCCUACACGCAGUUUGCUGUGCCCUACUUCAUCUACGACAUCUACGCCAUGUUUCUCUGUCACUGGCACAAGCACCAGGUCAAAGGGCAUGGAGGGGAUGACGGAGUGGCCAGAGCCCCGGGCAGCACAUGGGCCAUAGCACGUGGCUACCUGCACAAGGAGUUCCUCAUGGUGCUCCACCACGCCGCCAUGGUGCUGGUGUGCUUCCCGCUCUCGGUGGUGUGGCGACAGGGGAAGGGAGACUUCUUUCUGGGUUGCAUGUUGAUGGCAGAGGUCAGCACACCCUUCGUCUGCCUUGGCAAGAUCCUCAUCCAGUACAAGCAGCAGCACACGCUGCUGCACAAGGUGAACGGGGCCCUGAUGCUGCUCAGCUUCCUGUGCUGCCGGGUGCUGCUCUUCCCGUACCUGUACUGGGCCUACGGGCGCCACGCCGGCCUGCCUCUGCUGGCCGUGCCCCUGGCCAUCCCCGCCCACGUCAACCUGGGCGCUGCGCUGCUCCUGGCGCCUCAGCUCUACUGGUUCUUCCUCAUCUGCCGUGGGGCCUGCCGCCUCUUCUGGCCCCGCUCCCGGCCACCCCCGGCCUGCCAGGCCCAGGACUGAGGCCGGGGGCCAGGACCCUCCCCCUCCCCACCCCACCCCCGUGGAGACAGGGCUCUGGGGCUGAUGGCUGGGUGUGGGAGCCAGGGUCCUCUUGCCCGGACAACCCCAGGACUGACGAUGACCCUGAAAGGGAAGAGGCCCCAUACCACGGGGACUGAGCGGGGGGAGAAGGAACCUCUUCUCCUCAUGUGCCCCCUUCCUGCACACCCCUGCGCUGCAGGAGGGGAGGGAGCACCACCUCCCACCCACUGAGGGCAGGAGGGCUUGUGGGGAGGGAGACCGACAGGGUUUCAAGGGGACCAGGAGUCAGAAUGUGGGGAGGUGCCUCUGCCAAGGCCAUCCCAGCCCCUCUGCUGCCACCCCCCAGGGCUCCCCAUCACCCGAGAGGAGAGGACGCCCCAACUAACCCGGCUGGCCCUCGGGCCUCCCGAGUGGCCGGCUGCAACCACGGCUCCUCUCCAGGGUAGGCCAGCUUGAGGAAUCUUAUUUAUUUUAUUUAUUUACCCAAAUUUGAACUAGUCUGUUGGGUUGAGGGAGAGAGGUGGCUGCUACCCCUAAGCCUUCCCAGUGCUGACAACCCCGGGGGCAGGCGAGGGCGCCCAGUCCCUCACCAUCGGCUGCACAUCGCGCCCUCGGGCCCUGCCAUGUCCCUGGUGCUACUGACCUCUCAAGGCUUCCUCCAAUCUGGGGUCGGGGGACCCUGGGAGGUGCUUUACAGACCGCUAAUAAAAGACGAUCUGCGUGAACGCCACCAA